CGGAGCUAUCUCCUCUUCUUACUCGUAGUUAAAUCACUUUUAAGCCCUACUUUAAUUUUAAAGUGGCAUGGAGCAUGUAUCAAACAAGAUGCCUUUGACUGAGCCACAACGGAUAAGACAGGAGUGAAGAGACCUCCCCGCCCCUAACAGUCACACUUGGACAAACCCAUCAUGUUGGUGACAGCCUACCUGGCCAUGGUGGUCCUACUGGUGCUAUGUGUCGGACUGGAGCUAACGGCACGUCGCCUCACCCCACCUCAACCCACCCCCUCUGCCAUGGGCACCAACCCUGCCUUCCGUAGGUUCCAGACCGUGUUCCUCCGAGGCUACCUCUUAGCCUUGUCGGCUGACUGGCUGCAGGGGCCAUACCUCUACAAGCUCUACCGCCAUUACAGCUUCCUGGAGUCCCAGAUAGCCAUCCUGUAUGUCGUUGGCCUGGCCUCCUGUGUGCUGUUUGCCCCCGUGGCUAGCUGGCUUCCUCAGGUCCUGGGGCGGAGACGGACCUGCCUGCUCUUCUGCGUGGCCUACUCAGCCUGUUGCCUCACCAAGCUGUCCCGUGACUACUUUGUCCUGAUCCUGGGUCGUGUGCUAGGAGGCCUGUCCACCUCUUUGCUCUCCACAGCCUUCCAGGCCUGGUACAUGCACCGACAUGUUGACGUCCACGACUUCCCUAAAGAAUGGAUCCCCAGUACCUUCACCAAGGCUGCUAGCUGGAACCACGGGCUAGCGAUGGGGGCUGGGCUGGUGGCUAACAUGUUGGCUGAGUGGCUCCACCUGGGGCCUGUGGCGCCCUUCCUCCUGGCCGUGCCCUGCCUUGGGGCCUGUGGCUGGGUGGUGCUGACUGAUUGGGGCCUGGAGGAGAAGGAUGGAAGCCUGGAAGGGGACAACAAGAAGCCCUUGCUCGGUCCUUCUAGUUCAGCACCUCUGGCCCGGGCUUCUGCACGGGCCCGGUUCUGGCGCAGCUGUCAGGAAGGCCUCCGCUGUCUCUUAUCAGACAGACGGGUGAUGCUUCUAGGAGGAGUCCAGGCUCUAUUUGAGAGUGUCCUCUAUAUAUUCAUCUUCCUGUGGACCCCCGUCCUGGACCCCUAUGGCCCUCCGCUGGGCAUGGUCUUCUCCUGUCUGAUGGCAGCCAGUAUGGCGGGGUCCCUGCUCUACCGCCUGGCCACCUCCACCCGCUACCGCCUUCAGCCUGGGCACCUCCUCUGCUUCUCCAUGCUGCUUGCCUUUUUCUCCUUCUUCAUGCUCAUCUUCUCCACUGCACCGGGCCAGCCCAGACCCCGCGAGUCCCUGCUGGCCUUCCUGCUGCUGGAGCUGGCCAGUGGCCUCUACUUCCCUGCUGUCAGCUUCCUCCACGGGAGGGUGAUCCCAGAGGAGAAGAGGGCCGGGGUGCUGGUCUGGUUCAGGCUGCCUCUGCACCUUCUGGCCUGCCUGGGGCUACUGGCGCUCCACAGGGAGGUGUCGGGGACCGGAGGGGGCGAGGGCGGUAGUGGAACCAGGCAUAUGUUUGGUGGUUGUGCUGUUUUGAUGCUAGCUGCACUCUUGGCUGUGGUCAGUCUCUUUACACUGGGAAGGAACGAUGUGGAUCUCAGACUGGAUGGGCCCAAAGGAGAGGGAGAUAAUUGACAUUUAGAUUCAGAAAACUGAACUGUCCCAACAUUGGGCAAUGCCAUGGAGGAGGAGGACUAGGAAUACACUUACUGCUUUGUUUACAGCGAUGAAGACUUGUUUGGGAACUGAACAACUUUUGUAUGACUGAAAACUGAAGCUUAAUCAACAUAGGAGUUGCAAAUAUAAGACAAUGAUUUAAAAUAAUCUGGUGUUGGUAAGGUAUAUAUUUUUUGUUGCAAGAUUUCCUGAUAUUUAUUGAUUUUAAUUUUGUUAAGACUAGCAAAUAUCUUGUUAGAUUGUUGAGUAUAUGAAGAAAAUGUGUUUUUAUUUGGAUUUAUUAUGUGGCGGUCUGCAUCUUCUCAAGGGGUUGGGUUAAAUGCAGAAGAUACACUUUGGUUGAAUGCAUUCAGUUGUGCAACUUACUUAUUUCUUUAAACACACACACUCUGA